UUUUAUUAACAAAUAAUAAUAUAAAAAAGGUAGAGUGCAAACGAAAACAUAACCAAUGGUAUAAAUAUUUAAUAUUUUAUUGUUUUUAAAUUUUCGUAUAUACGAAAUAAAAGUUUUAAAUAAACAUGUGAUGUAAUGUAUUUAAUGUAUUCGUGUAUUUAAUGAAUUUUAGCACAGACUGGCACACAAACUGACAUUAAAUUAUUAUUUGUAAUUAUUUAUUUAUUUUUUUUUUGUUCGUAUGACAUACUGUUUGUUUUUUUUCUUACGCCACUACGCUGUUUUACCAGGUUAACCACUAAAACGAAAAAUAAAGUCAAUUGAUAAUAUUAUUUUUCACCUCCACAAUAAAUUCAUUAAUUAAACCUACGAUUGAUUUAUAAAUUAAAAUUAAGGCAUAUUUCAUGUUAUUUGAUACAAGUGACAAACAAUUACUAUAAAUUAUUUUUAUUACUAAAAUUGUUGUAAUUUUUGAGCUCCGUAAUGGUGAAAAGUAAGGUUAUGUACUACCGUGUUUACCAUCACCCACUCGUUGGUAUUGUUGCGCGCGCAUCGGUGGCCAAUGACUAAUGCGUUGUGCCUGCUGUGGCCUGAGAGAAAUUCAGACGACUCAUUUGUUCACAUGUUCACUGUCGCAACACAGCUCUUAUCCGCGGCCAGGCUUGGAUUCAAUUGUGUUUAAUAUAUGCACCAUGGGACAACCAGAUUUAAAUUACUUGAAGAUGGUUAUACGGAGUGUUUUAACAAGCUCUCCGGGUAAAGUGACAAUAUCGCAAAUAUCAACUGACUACUCUGAUUUUGAAGGUUGUAAUUUAUCAUUUGAGCAUUUGGGAUUCAAGACUAUUUAUGAGUUACUAGAAAAUAUGUCUGAUGUUCUUAGAAUACCGCAAAACCCAAACAUGAACUCAUUCGUAACACUUAUUGUUGAUGAAAAAACUUCACAUCUCAGAGAACUUGUCGUAAAUCAAAAAACAAAAAAGCAGCGUCCUAAAAAAAAUAUUUCUACUUUAAGAAGUAGAAAUAAUCACUUGCCGAAAUCUGCCAAUUAUAAAUUUUGUGUUAACAAUCUUGAUAAUCAAAGAAAUGACUAUACCAUUUCUACUACACGUGAAUAUAACACUCCUAGGUAUGAAAAUAGUACUCCAAGUUCUGCAAAAUCAACACAAUCCUAUGAAAUGUAUUACUCUAAUAGGAUAUCGGAUACAAUAAAAGUUAAAAUGUGCCAAAUUUUAAGUAAACACAAAGAUGGUAUACUGUGUAUCGACUUUAUAAACGCUUUUUAUAAUGAAUAUAACAUUCAUAUUGAUUUUUUUAAAUAUGGAUUCAGAAGUAUCAGAGAUAUGGCAUACAAAUUACCAUCUAUAUUUUAUGUGAAAGUAACUGAUGAUGAUGAGAAUAAUUGUGUUCUAUUCGAAGCUGAUAGACGAAGUGAACUAGAAGAUAUCUUAGAAGAUCCAUCACUGUAUUAUAAAAAUAUUCCGAAGACUAUAUUGUAUAAUCUUUCUCAUUUCUUUAAUAAGCAUCGGAAUGGUGUGAAAUUCAAUGAAUUGAUGUCUUUAUACUGUGCAGAAUAUGGCCGAGCUUAUGAACCAUUAAAGUAUGGCUAUUCUUCUGAAAAACACAUGUUUGAAUCUUUAGACAAAAUGGUUGAAAUAGAAAAUAAUCAGCUGUUUACAAUAGAUCCUUUUGCCUAUGCAGAAUGUUUGAAAAAUAAAAAUGUAGAUGUAAUAAACCACCAAGAUAACAGUUCCAUUGUAUUAUUAAUGGCUGAUGAUUUUUUAUUGCAUUACACUGGAAAGGACAUCUGCAAUGGGAAAUUUAGGUAUUCUAAAAUUAAGUUGAACGAUCAAAAGGUAGCAAAAGUCAUAGUUUCUGAAGUGUACAACCCAAGUUCAUUUUAUAUUCAAUUAGAAGCAGAAGUCAAUAAUCUGAAUAAAUUCAUGGACACAUUGCAAGAGUACUACGAAAAAAAUGAAGAAAAAUACCAAGUUAUACCAAGGCUUAUUCUUCCAGAAUUGCCAUGUGCCUCAUGCUAUGAAGAUUCUAAUCUGUGGCACAGGGCUAUGGUUUUAAAUAUUGUUGAUGAAGAAAAUGUGAAAUUAUUAUAUGUUGAUUAUGGAACAAUCAAAGUAGUAUCAAAAACAAAUGUAAGACUUUUAGCAUCACGAUUUGGAGCAUACCCUAUUCCAGCAGUACAUUGUGGUUUGUACAAUUUUAGCGAAUUGAAUUAUCCACGAGAGAUAAGUGAAUCUUUUGCUGAAAUGACUGAUGAUCAUGUGCUGGAAGCACAGUUUCAUCACCCACAUUUUGAAGAUGAUUCUCAAAAAAUGAAUGUCACAUUAUUUUUGAAUACUGAACACAACAAAAUU